CAAAACCCCUAUACCUCAUGGUUGCAUAAUUUGCAUUCUGUUUUCGCUUGCUUGCAGCCAUUUAUGCACCUGUCACGUCAUCUUCACGCUAUGCGCCGACCAAGGGGCUGUGGCGGACGCUUCCUGAACACAAAGAAGAUGAAUGGUGGUAAGGGUGGAGCUGAAACAAAGAAGAUUGGUGAAGGACAAAUUUCUCAGCCCACUGAAUCUCAAUAUUCAGAAGUUCUGCAAUCUGACAGUGGAAAUUCAAACUCACCAAAGGAAGCAAAUGUCAGAGGACCCUAUCUUUCCGGAUCAGAGGUGACUAGUAUGUACUCCAGGGGAGAUUUCAAUCCCUUUUCAAUCAGUCAUCUUAGGCCAUCUGUCCACUCUCUCUCUCGUAUGAUGGAUGCUGGGCAUGGUAUUGUCAUGCCCAGUAAGUGGGUUGCGGCAGCAGAUAGCUGCUGCAAUCUAAAAAUUUGA